GACUUGUCUACGAACAGAAAGAACGAUGAAAAAAACUGCUGGUGCGGCUAAGUAAUUUCAGAAGUGGGAGGAAUGAAUGGAGUCCAGGCUGGGCUGCUUACUCCAGGAAAAACCCCAGCUCCUUCUUACUCUCUUUUUGGGCUGCUAUCAAUUAAACAAACUGCUGCUGUCCUUUUUUUUUCAUUUUGGAUUGCACUUAACUUCAAAAACAGUCCUUAAAUGAUCUGGUCCAAACAUAUUUACCGCAAACUCGGCCUGUACAAUAACAACUCACCACACCCGCUAAUAAUACGUAACUUUACAAUCAAAUUACUCCAAGAAUGUCAAAUUGUGUACAAAAAUACUACACUGAAUAUGAAUGCCACCGGAACCGAAAAAUAACAAAUUUUCACUCAAAACCCCCAAUAGUCACCCGAUUAAUUGUAAAAAUUAGACAAUUAACACCCAAAGCAUAGGUGAAAAGAUAGGAACGGAACGAGCCUAUCAAAUCUCCCCACACUUGAGCGUUGCUUGCCCCCAAGCAACAGUGCAUUAAUCCACGGAAAACAAAAUAAUCACCUAUAACACCUGGUUCAAAAAUCAUUCACACCCAAAACAAAUGAUUGCACAAGGUCUUUUCUUUCUUAACAACGGAACCAAGAUUCACAUGUUAAACAAUAUUUUCAAAAGUAAAAUUCCUCUCCAACCGACUAAAAUGUAGAGAAAAGCAUGAGGGUCCCAACGGUGUAGGUGUGUGAAAUUCAAACCACCAAUCAUUCCAAAAACCCAAGAGUUGUGUGAUGAAAACUGGUAUACUCGUGAUUCUCUCUUUUUUUUAUAUAUAUGAAAAGUUGACCAGGUUCUGGAUUACAGGACUGAUUCAAGCUCCAGGGCCUGGGAGUUUAUCUCAUUACUGUGUACUCAACUCUCACACGAGGUGAUUCGCGAGAUGAGCAGAGCCCCAUUUCGGGGAUGAAAUUCUCGACACACGAAGUGUAGCCCCAUUACAAGAAUCAGUUACCUGCUUAGCAUGAAGUUAUCCCGAUAUGCUUAGAAAGCAGAGCUCCUUACGGAGUAAGGAUUUUCAACACCUGGCCAGUCAAGCAAUUACUGAGGCAAACUAGUGAAUCAUGAGUAAGACCGAAUUUAAUCAACACAAAUCAAACCAUCCAACAUGCCAACAUCUCCCAAGAAUAUACACACCACCCCGAUGAUUACACCAUUACUUAUCCUUUCCAAGAAAGAUGGAGGAGAUGGAAGUUCACAAAAGAAAAUAAAGAUUAACAAGUUACCUCUGUUGCGUUGCUAAACCAGAAAAGAACUCGUACACCUCAAAAUGUCGUUGGGCAGAAUAAUUUCAUCACCAAAUGCCAUGUCCAAGAUAAAACCAAACCUCCCCACACUUAGGGGUGACAUCGCCCUCAAGGUCAAAGAAAAGUUUAAAACAGAAAUAACAGGGGCAAGUUUAAGAAUAAAAUGAUUUUCAGCCCGGCAGCACAUCAUAAUCAGAAUAAUAAUCAACACAAAUCAACAAGAGGAGUAAUAUGACAGUAAGCACACAUUAUUAGUAGCGUAGUAAGAGCUGGCAGAAUACCGUACAAGCCAAACGGCGGUGAAUAACCUCCCUAAUAAGGCUGAAUUCAGUCUCCUCGAUGCAUACAUGCCGCUGAAUCCUGCACACAGUCUGCCUCGUACGCUACUUGAAGUCCUUCAACUCUUGAGAAAGCGUGGCAAGUGUGCCAUAACUGUGAAUUUCCCAUUUAUGCUGCCAAAGCUUGCUGGUAAACCAAAAGUGAGCUGCUGGAGCUACUCUGCCUGCACCUAUGCCGGUUACCGAACUCAAUAAGUGUAUUGAAAUUGCUUCCCUUCAAUCUGAACCGGAUAAAAGAGUGUGGCAUCCAACUGGUUCCUCCCUCAUGUACUGUGAUGCUUAUGCUGACAGAAAACGGCCAAGGACCAGCUGUUCUGGCCUCAAAAGUCGACAUCUCACACCGUCCAAAAUCUCCCAGAAUCUGCCAGAAAUGUUCCUCUGCUGCUGCCAAGUUUCUGUCCAGCGAAACCCCAACUCCUUGAACAUGUGUAGGCCUCUAACCAUUGCCCUGCAAGUGUUUGAAGUUGCGUCCAGCUCUCAUACCGCUUUCGGGCUUGCUGCAAAGUAAUCUGCAGCUGACAGCCUUGAGGAGCUCCAUCCUCACCUGUCUAUGAUAACCAGGUUGCAUAUGCAAUUCAAAGCAACAAAGAAAUCCAACUGCAACACCACAAGACGAAAUCACAAAAACAAAGGGGGGAAUGCAAAAACAAGAAAUACUGAACUCCUAAUUCUAUUUUUUUUUAUGAUGGGUUGCCUCCCAUAAGCGCUUCUUUAACGUCACUAGCUUGACGAUAAUAUCUCAUUCCUAGUCUGGCUCAAAUGGGCGAGUAGAAGUGGUCUUUACAUGGUCAACGGGAUCAACGUGUAUUUGAAAGUGCCCGCUCAUCCCGUCAAUGAAACAAUAAUAAGCAUGCCCCGCCAAACUCUCAAUCAACUGGUCAAUAAAAGGUAAGGGAAAGUGAUCCUUCCGGGUGGCCUCAUUCAGUUUACGAUAAUCAAUGACCUUCCGCCACCCAGUCACAGUCCUACUAGGUAGGAGUUCCCCCUUCUCGUUCUUAACAACUAUCAUACCCCCUUUCUUGGGGACCACAUGAGUAGGGCUAACCCAUUGGCUAUCUGAAAUCGGGUAAAUUAUACCCACAUCCAGAAGCCUCAGGACUUCAGCCUUUACAACAUCCAUCAUCUUGGGGUUUAAGCGUCGUUGCGGUUGCACGACUGGUUUAUACCCCUCCUCACACUUAAUUUUGUGGGUACAGAAGAUUGGGCUAAUCCCACGAAGAUCCUCAAGCUUACGAGCAAUGACCUGCUCGUGGC